CUCUCCGUCUCGCACACACACACGUUCAGUCCAAGCCUCUCGCUUGCGUUCGUUCUGACGCCAGCUGCUUCUCUCGUCUUUGUUCUCCAGGUUCCCUCAGACCUCUGUCAGCUCUCCUCCCGUUCCAAAAGGAACAGUCUCGGGGAAGAAACUGUUCCCCAUUUUCUCGAGUUCUUGCUGUAUCCCAUCGCCCAGUGUUCGGAGGGAGCUCAUCCUUCUCUCUGUGCGUACAGCGAUUUACUGGGACAGAGGCGAAGCGGUAUUGUAAAUCCGAAUUUUGUCUCCUGCCUGCUCGGUCCACGAGUCAAGUUUUUGCUCCAGAUCUCACUGCACAGGAGGUGGAAAACAAUGCGAGGAUUUUCAUUAAGUUAAUUGCAACAGCGUUUGAAAUCGGAGUCAGGCUCCGGUGGGAAAGAGAAUCGAUGCUCUCAUUCUCAGCAAAGAUCUAUAAACCAAGUUAUCAUUUCUAUUUCUGUGAUCGCCAGAAGCCCUCUUAAAGGAGACGUCUCUCCCCAGCUCUCAGAGCAGGGGGAGAUUUGAACGAAUUACAUAUAUCAAAUUAAGAGAGGACAGGAGACCAAAGUUGGCAAUGAAGGCAUUUUAAUUCCAUUUGGACCAGACCCUGGAAGCAAGCCCAACAGAAAUUGCAAGACUGGACUGGCGAAAGUGUCUGCUUUAAGAGGAUUGUACAGUAGGAGACACUAUUUGAGAAGGCUGUUGGAAGUGAGGAGCCGUGUGGGGAGCCGGUGGAUUUAGUUGGCGCUGCGAACUGGACCGACCUCUUUUUCCAGGGGCUGAUACUAAAACAAUAAAAUCAAUCUUGUUUCUCCGAGUCAUAGUGAUAGUAACUCCUCCAAUGUGAAUGUUAUGCGUGUUGUUUGGGGAGUGUGAGGUGGGAGAUGGCUGCACGGUCAUUUCGAUGUGGAAUCCAAGGAGCAUCAUCAGUGGACUGAGAGACUGAUGUCUGUUUUCAGUUCAGUUAAAAUCGUCCUCAUACCCAGAGGUUAAACCACGCCAAAAAUCAACACCAAAUCUGCUGAGAAUCUACCAUGAUCUGUGUAAACCUCUUCAUCUUUCUGAUUUUUAUAGAUGAGGUGCUGCGUUCAGCUGGGGAUCCUGUCCUGCCAAGUACCUGGAGAGUGGACUGCGUUCGGGCCAACGAGUUAUGUGCGGCUGAACCUGGCUGUAGCAGCCGCUACCGGACCCUACGGCAGUGCCUCGCGGGGAAGGCUGCCAUGCUGUUUGGUCCUGAGGCCAAAAACGAAUGCAUCGCUGCCAUGGUGGCACUGCAGCAAAGCCCACUGUUCGAAUGCCAGUGCAAACGAGCAAUGAAGAAAGAGAAACAGUGCCUGGCCAUCUACUGGAGUAUUCAUCAUAGUUUACAGCAAGGUAAUGACCUAUAUGAAAACUCUCCCUACGAGCCGAUUAGCUCACGCUUGUCCGACAUAUUCAGACUUGCUGCAAUCAGUUCAGGGUUGGAACCCACUGGAGCUCAAGGAAACCAAUGUUUGGAUGCAGCCAAGGCUUGCAACCUGAACGACACCUGUAAAAGGUACCGCUCCAUGUACAUCUCCACUUGUGUCAAGCGCACCUCCACCUCUGAUACCUGCAGUCGCCGAAAAUGCCACAAGUCACUGAGGCAGUUUUUCGACCGUGUGCCCGCAGAGUACAGCUAUCGAUUGCUCUUCUGCUCCUGUAACGACCCAGCCUGUGCCGAGAGGCGCCGCCAAACCAUUGUACCCACCUGCUCAUAUGAAGACAAGGAGAAGCUAAACUGCUUGGCACUGCAUCAGACCUGCAAGACGGACCACGUGUGUAGGUCUCGUCUAGCAGAUUUCCUGACGAACUGUCAACCCUCUGCGCAAUCACUGAGUGGUUGUUUCCGUGAGAACUAUGCAGCUUGUUUACUCUCCUAUUCAGGGCUCAUUGGAAGUGACAUGACCCCAAAUUACAUAGACGCAACUGACAUCGUGGUGGCCCCAUGGUGCACAUGCAGUGGCAGUGGAAACCAGAAAGAAGAAUGCGACAAGUUUCUGAACUAUUUCAAAGCAAACACCUGCCUCAGAAAUGCAAUGCAAGCUUUUGGCAAUGGGACAGAUGUGAAUAUGUGGAAAUCCAGCUUGCCUACUCUGGCCACGUCACUGCUGAAGACAGAAAAGACAAUUGAGAGUGCUCAGCCUUCCGACCACAUCAAGGAGAUUACCACGGCCGAUGAUGCCAACAUUCUCACCAUGUGUUCUGACUUGCAGGAUAGUGGACCAAAGUUCAACACUUCCAAAGAACAGUCUCUCUGUCUCCCUGAGACACAAGUUCCUGUGCUAAACAAGGAGAAGAUUAAAGAGAUGGAUAAAAUACCCAGCUUCUCAGAUCCAAGGAAUGGAUAUUCAUUCAGUGCAUGUAUCCGUGCCAGGGAGGCUUGGGUAGCUAUUUCCUUUUUUAUUGUGACGACCUUGACAUCCUAAGAGCCUCGGGGAGCCCUUGAAGAAUGGCUGCAUCCAUCUUACUUCAUUGCAAAAUGAUAUCCCUGAAGAGAUAAUAAAAUGACAACUAAUUGAAUUUUAAGGGAGAGGGGGCAAGGGCAGGUUGUGAUUGCUUUGGUAGAAAUGUCCCAGCAAAGUCUUGGUCCCCAAAGCAUCGGCUUUUCACAGAUGUAAUGCUGUGACCGUGCUGGGACCUUGCUUCCUUCAACAAGAAAAAAGUGCAACUGCCUCUUCAAGCCUAGCUGUAUGCCGGAAUCCUCAGCACUGGGCUGCUUUUUAUUGGACUCGAGUAACCAAAUAGGUUUAAGCAAAGCCUUCUGAAUUGGAUCACCAUACACUCCUCACCUAAUGGUCAAGGCCGAAGGACAGGAUUCUAAUUUGGUGACAUGCCUGCAAUGAUUAAAUGGUUGUCUAAAACCACUACUCUGUUUUAUUGUAUGUACGUUUUAUUGCCUACUCGCUGUUCUUGGAGUUGAGGAGAAGUUCUGAUGUGUUAGAAUUCCCACUCUUUUCUACACUCAAAGUCAUUUAUACCCAAGGGAGCAUAUGAGUUCUAUUUACAUGUAAAAAAAUGUUUUCUCUUUCAUUUCUAAACUUUUUAGAAGUGUGUUUCAUGCAGUAAUAGAUGUCUACCCCAGCUUGCGUUGCUUCCGCGAGCUGCUUGUGGAAUUAUACCAUUAUUGAAUAGUGUAUUAUUUCAAUAUCAUAAACAGGAAUAUAUCUCAACCAAGGAAACUA